CUUUAUAUGACUGUAUUGAAGAGGGAUGUGUACAAAAGUUCUUGAAAUACGGUAAUUUUGUUCGUCAUCUAUUGGCCGAAAAACACCAUCGUGUAAUAGAAAAAUAUAGUUUAGCUGAUACAGCCAUAAAAACAUAUCAGUCAAAAUUAGAAAAAGUUGAUGAUUGUCAAAUGGUUUCCAUUCUUUUGGAAAUGUCUACAUUCGACAAAAGUCAAUAUCAACAUAUACCUAAAUUGGAUCAAGGUUGGGCAUUGCCAAAACCACGAAUAGCUACAAAAUUUACUGAUAAACAGAAACAAUAUCUCACAAAUAAAUUCAAUGAUGGUAUUACGCGUGGUAUAAGAUAG